CUCUACCUAUUAUUAUUAUAAAUUGGAAUAAACUUAGCUUUUUAAUUUUAAUUAUUUUUUAUUAAUAAUGUCAAAUCUUCCUCGUUUCGGCCGUCAAUGGAACCGCUUCUCUUCUCUGCCGCGUCCUGGUACUGCCACCCGCCCGGAACCUCAACCAUUCACGGCGGCCACCGAGCCCGAAGUUUUUCCCUCAGCUGUACCAACCACUAAUACUUUUCAAACGUCUCCUAUAAAACAAAGAACCCCUCGUCUUUCAUCUCCGGUUAAAAAAUUUUCCUCGCCCCCGUCUUCUCCAAAAUAUAGCGGCGCCGGCACCGUUUCGCCUCGUAAACCACUAUCUCCACCUCCGGUGCAUAACCGUUACGAAGGUGAACGUCGGACUAGUGCCACAACAUCUCCCAAAACUUUUAAACCCACCCAUAUCUCUCCCCCACCGUCUCCGUCCAAGCCUAGACACUCUACCGUUCCCACCGCUGUUGCACCACUCUCUCCUCUGGCUCUGCCGCGAUCGCAGGUGAGACGUGAACCUGAACACUCCCUUCGACCUCGGAGCCCGCCGGAGAUCGAACAAAAAAAGAUUCUUUACCAGACGACAACAACCGAGAAGCCAACAAAAACCGAUCAUUACCGCCAAAACGAUGAGUACGGCGCGAGUAAACCCCAGCAGAAGCAGCAGCAUCAGCAGCUGCAGAGUGACGUUAUAAACAUAAAAGGGGAGAACGUAGGGGCAGUGAUGCACAUCACACAAUCAUCUGAUGGCUCAGAAGUAAUAAAGAAAAAGCCAACCGUUGGACAAAGCAAAGAAAAUGAAGAGAAAACAAACAAAUCAAAUUCAAAUUAUCCAGGGAAGUCGUUUAUGAACAGCAAUUUUCAAGGCGUUAACAAUUCUAUUCUUUACAAUUCUUCUUUAAGCCACCGUGAUCCAGGUCUCCACCUUGCUUUUGGCUCGAAGAAGUCUAAACAUGGCGAUUCAAUUCAUGAUUCAAGGCACUAAAGUAUAUAUGGACCAGUUAUUAUAUAUUCUAUAUACUUAUAUAUUAUUUAAGCUGCUGAAAAAAUAAUCAUAAAUAUAAUAAAACAACAAUAUCACAGCAACAAUAUAAUAAUAGUUAUUAUACCAUUUUAUGUUGAUAUUUAUAUUUAUAUCUUCAUAUGGAACAUGUAUUUCCACUCUAUAAAAGUUAUGUAAUUGUUGGCUUAAGUAUUUGGAAAAUGAGUUGUUAAUAAUAAAGAGCUACGGUGAGAUAUAUUAAUGCUAAUGUUAAAAAACAGUAUUAGUUUAAUCAAGACUUGUGAUUUCAAUUA